GAUGUGUUGUUGUUCCCGUGUGUUCACAUUCAGUGGGGUUGUAACUGCAGCAACAGGCGGCUCUGUGGAGCAACUUUCGGGAGUCUCACUCUCUCUCUCUCUAACUUCCGCCUAAGUUGUACUCAGAUGCUAUCAGGCCUGUUACACAAGGAUUCAGAGCUACAGAGGGUGCUGUUCCCAGAAGGUCCGGAGCUCAAAGUCUGCAGUCGGUCGGGUCACAUUGGGAUCAUGGGGGGAUCGGCCAGCCACCUCUCAAAGGAGCAACUUUCUGAAUAUCAGGAACUGACUUUUUUAACAAAGCAAGACAUUCUGCACGCUUAUCGAAUAUUCACGGAGCUGCUUUCAAAAGAACUGGACGACUUCCAAAACACGCGAGUUUCAAAGGACAGAAUCUGUGAGAUGCCAGAGUUGAAGGCUAACCCUUUCCGAGAGAGAAUCUGUCUCGUGUUCUCAACUGCGGCUGAAAAGGAUGGCAGUAUCUCCUUCGAGGAUUUCCUGGAUAUGCUCAGUGCUUUCAGCGAUUCUGCAACUCUUGAGAUCAAGUCUCACUACGCUUUCAGAAUUUUUGAUUUUGAUGAUGAUGGCACUUUAGAUAAAGAGGAUUUGAAGAAAUUGGUGAAUUGUCUGACAGGAGGCACAUCUGAUACACAACUGUCAGAGGGGGAAAUGAACCAGCUGAUUCAAAACAUUUUGGAAGAAUCCGAUAUUGAUAAAGAUGGGACUGUGAAUCUCUCAGAAUUUCAGCAUGUCAUCUCCAGAUCGCCUGACUUUGUGAGUUCCUUUAAGAUUGUCCUAUAAAAUAAUCGUGCAUCAUCUGUGAUGGGAAAAAUCGUUUCGCCUCCCUGGAACUUUCAGCCCUGUGGAAAAGAUCAGUGUUCUCCUGAUUCCAACAACUGACUGCCUUUAAUAUUUUGGAAUGGGGCAGGGGUAGAUUUUUUGACUAGGAACUUUGAUUCUCUAUUGCAGCAUCAAUUUCUAAAGCCAGAGUUACAGUAUUUAAAGUAAUCAUGUUUUAAUGUUUGAUUUACAACAGGGAGGGAGAAAAAAAAAUCAGUUUUAUAUUUUUUGACUAGAAUGCUUCCACGGACUGAAACUCAGCAUUUUUAUUGUGCAAUAAAAGUAUUUUCACCCUCA